GACCGAGACUACAACAACAGAUUAAGGCUGAUGCUCUAAUUUGUCUCUACACCCACAGAGACAGAUUGAUUGUUUUCUCAACAAGAUGAAUAGCGUUGGUUUCUUCCGGCUAGGACACUGAGAAAGUUAAAGUACAUCAUGAUAAGUGACAGUGAGCACAGUUAGUUUUCCCUUACGGAAAAAGGUUUAUUUUUAAGUUAUUCCAUUCAGUCCAACACUCAUCUUAGGGACCUUACCACAAAAAUGUCGACCAAGCAGCAAACCGCCUCUCUGUCCUGUGAUCAGGAUUUUUCUCAUCUCAAGUGGAAUAUGUUUUUUUGACUAUCUAAGGUUCGCCAGCUUUGGCAUUUUUGUAUAUGCUAUUGCUAGCCUCUCUUCUAAUCUGAAACAGAGACCACCACCUCCACCACCUCAUCGGAAACAGAAACCGAGACCACGACAGAGACAGAUACCACGACUGAAACUGCGACGGGGACGAUCACUACGGGAACGACGUCCACCACGGUGAGCCACACGCCUUACCCGGUUCUGAUGUCUGCGGACUACUCUACGACUUUCGUUGACGGAAGAAGUUAUCAGAUAAAGUGUCCUAAAGACGCGGACAUCUUGUGGGGAAAGAUGGUAUCCGAAUCCGUUGCUGGAGACGCUCACUCGAAGAACGAACGUGUUAUCACUUUGUCAUGCCAAGAGACAGCAAGCGACAGCUCUAGUGAAUUCCCGUUUGACUAUGUGACAGCACGACGCACCGACAUCAGUGGUGAGGACUUCUUCACCUUGGAGUAUACGUAUUUGGAAGACACUGGGGUGCUGACGACGUUCGCAGCAGGUCGUUAUUGGCAAGCGGCGAACCCAGCGUCCGAUGAGGGAGACACAGUGGCCUACAGUGACCCGAAAAUUAUGAUGUGCAAAUUGAAUUUGUAGAAUUGAGCUUAGCUUUAUCCGAAAAUAAUGACGAGGCAUGCUGAUGAAGACGUUUUUUCCUGACUUUAUGAGAGCAUUGCUUUUUCUCUAACAAACAGUUCGUGUUUAUGCGUGGUGACCUGCCGGAUGGUCCUUUGGAAUCGAAACUUCGGAAAGCCUAUAUCCCUCAACCCACCGCGCAAAGCUCGGACGUUGACG